UUGAGCAGAUGAUGAGACUCAAGUGGGCAGCCUGUUUGACAGUCAUCCACAAGUUAUUGCAAACAUAGCUUUUUUACUGGACAAAGAGGAGAAGCCAGGUAAACGGAACUGGAAACAUUUAGCUGAUAUGUUUGGAGUGCCACGAAAUGAAUCGCAGAGUUUUGGAGAAUCCAUAGAUGAAAAUCCAACAGAACGGUUGUUUGAACACCUCUGCGUCAAAAGACCUCGUUUAACCGCUGGGGAGGUAAAAGGACAUCUGAAGAUUCUCAAAAUGCAAGAUGUGCUGGAUGUUUUAGCAGAAAGCAAGGAAGUGAAAGACAACUCUCCACUGAAAGCCUUAUGGGAGGAUCUAGAGAUAGCAGCACGUGUCUGCAACCUUCUAAAUAAGAAGCAUACCAGUAGGAUACGUUGCUGGAGGCAUUUGGGAAACAAACUUGGCGUCAGAAAGGAUACGUUGGAUACGUUUUCAAACGAAGGAGAAAUGAUAAGCCCUACGGAAGUCCUUAUCCGUCAUCUGGGUGCUGCUAGACCCAGUUUGGUCAUGGCUGACUUAAUUUGGGCCCUGGAGAGAAUUGGGAGAACUGAUACUUUUUCUGUAGUCGAGGUUUACUUUCCAGAUGGCCAUAUGUCAAGGUUCCUGGAUUCUGCAAGAGUAUAUUUUGGUUAUCCCCAACAGCAGGUAACGCCAAGCCCCUUUGAAACAGAAGUAUGAUCCCAAACCUUUAGAGUACCUCGAUGUUUACUCAAGUGGUAUGCUAUGAAUUUGCUUUGUUAACUGAACCAAAUUCAUGAAUUUAAAAGUGACUCAUGGGUCACCAAAUUUAGGUUAGGAAUGGUCCCAUAAAAAGACGGAGAGUUUUACAGUUUUAUACAUCAUGAGAUUUUAGUUUAGGUAGAAAUUUUGUCAUAAUUUCCCUUGUUCACAACAAAGCUUCUAGGAUCAAAAGCUGUGCAUGUCAAGUGGAAUAUUUUAGAACUUAAAAAAAUCCCAGUCAGUUUUUCCUAUUGGUUGAAAAGACCUCUCAGUGUAAAUGAGUAAAUGGUAGAUUAAUCGAACAUUUUGGUUCUUAAUGUAUUAACUGGUUUGGACGGUGUAGAAACUGAGGUUUCAAGAAGUAAUUAGCUCUUAGAGAUAUAUAUGGAAAUAAUUUUAAAUCGGAAGCUACACAGGACUAAUCGCGGAGCUCGAUUUACUUAUUAUUCUCACUAGAAGAACGAUGAAAUUGGUCACUUAAUUACUGUACAAUAAAACACACUAUGUACGGUUAUGGAACUCAAACUAUAAGUCUUAAUAUAGACAGUUUCAGUUUCAAUUAUUUUCUUGUGUUUCUGUCGAGACCGAAAAUGUUUGCCGGACGACAUUGAGGCUUUGUUGAAGACAUUAAUAGCUUCGAUUUUAGAUCAGCACAACUAACCCGAUAUGAGAAAUUUCGUUUCGUGGUUUCUUCAUUCGUGACUGUAAAUUGACGUCCUGCGAAGGGAACUGGUAACGAUCAGAAAAAAACAGCUGAUUAGGCCCCGUCCACACGCCACCGGAGGGAUAUGAAGACGGAAGUUUUACUCUGAAAGUGCAUCAAAUGUUUUCCAUCCACACUACUCCGGUGGAAUUUAAAAACACAACAAUCACCGGUCAUUUUGGAUU